UUCGUGGCCGGCUGGGCGCGGAGAGCGGAGAGAUGGCUCUACGCUGGCGGGUGCGGUCCCCGGGGCGUGCGGGUGCAGGAUAUUCAAAGAACACUUUAGGAGGAAUACAUUCCAUGAAAGCCAAAGCUGAUCAAAAGCACAAGCCUCAUGAUGUGUUUGACUUUGUUGAUAAUUCUGUGAACUCGAGUAGGUUGAGUGAAAAUGAGAAAGAUGAAGAGCCUUAUGAAGCUUUUGACCCUCCGUUACAUAGCACUGCUCUAUAUGCUGAUGAAGAAGAAUUUUCCAAACACUGUGGAUUAUCUGUCCCCUCAACUCCUCAGAGAAAAGGAAAAAAGAAAAAUUCGAAUACUUCUGAAAAUGAAGCAAGUGAAGAUGACUCUGUAAAAAUUAGUGCAAAAAAGCUAAAAAGAAAAAUCAAGCCCCUUAGUUUUGAAUCUGAAAGUGGUGACGAAGGUGACAUAAGAAGAAAAGUUAAAUCAGCAGAGAAAAUCAGCACACAGAGGCAUGAAGCUGCUCCUGCGCUGGCAUCUUCAGACCCUUCAGAGAAACCAGCUGGACCAGUGACUCCUAAAAGGACAGAACCCCUCAGGGCCCAGUCCUCUGCUGACAAAGAGACGAUGCAAAGUCUACCGAAAAUUCAGAAAAAAGGGAAGAUAUCUCCUGGCAAAAGGAAGAAAGCAAGAAGUGAAGCCAUAGACUCAGAUAUUUCUGAUAGUAUGCAUAUUUGGUGUCUAGAAGGAAAGAAAACCAGUGACAUUAUGGAGUUGGAUAUUAUUUUGUCUGCAGUUGAGAAAACUCUCCAAGAGUAUAAGCAAAAAAUAGAAUCUAAAGUUUGUACAGAAGCCACCAACAAAUUUUAUUUUAGUAUUAAAGAAGAACUCAUCAGAAUGCUCAAAGAAGUCCAGACGUUGAAAAAUCUGAAAAGGAAGAAUGCUAAGAUGAUUUCUGAUACGGAAAAGAAAAGGCAGCAUUUGAUUGAAGCCCAGGAUGAACUGCUUCGGUUAGAACCACAGCUGAAACAACUACAAACAAAAUACAAUGAACUUAAGGAGAGAAAAUCUUCCCUUAGGAGUGCCAUGUAUUUCUUAUCUAAUUUAAAACAGCUUUACCAAGAUUAUUCAGAUGUUCAAGAGAAUGAACCAAAUGUAAAGGAAACGUAUGAUUCAUCCAGCCUUCCAGCUCUGUUAUUUAAAGCAAGAACUCUUUUGGGAGCUGAACACCAUUUGCAAAAUAUCAACCAUCAAUUAGAGAAGCUCCUUGACCAGAAAUAAGAAAACCUGUCUACUGAAAUGUGCCCACAUGACAGUGUCUCAGGCUACUGCCUAUUGCCUUCUGAAACUGUACUUUUGUAAAUAAAAAACCUUUU